AUGGCACCGGUCCUAUACCAAUGCACGGUUUGUUUAAAUCAUUAUAAAAUAAAACCGGACGGUAAACUAUAUCGACAUGGAGGCAAAGUGAAGGGCCAGGAAUGCCCUGGUUCGUUCAAGGCAGCCGACCAGCCUCCGGCUGGUUCAUCUACUUCCGCGCGACCGCCGCUUACCGCUGCACCUGUCAUCAACCCUCAUGUUGCUACACGCGGUUCUUCGGCGUCGGUCUCGGAGAGUCCCUCCCAAGUGGAUUUUUUUCAUGUUUUUGACAGGCUGACGGUCGUUUUGAGGACUGCCCAUCUGUAUGAUCACGUUCCCAAACCGUGCAGAGACAAGGUAUCUAAAGCAUUGUCGGCUUUAUUGACGGCCGUUUGCGAUGAUCCCUGCGACGCGGCCUAUUGGUGCAGGCUCCAAUGUUUUUUCGCAUUUGUUUUGUUCAAGCCAACCAGGGGCGGUCGCAGGACUAAUCAAGCCAAUUACGUUAUUAAACGGUUGGCCGAAUUCAGUUCGACCGAGGUCGAGUUUAUUGUGGCAAGCUUCAACACUGACCACAACACCAAACCGCGUAAGCACAAUCCAAACAGUUGGAUUAGUGCAGUAACCACUCGGAUUGAACAGGGCAGUCUCUCGGCGGCCGAGCCGUCCAAUGGUCGCGUUUCACCAGCCCAGGUGUUGACGGCUUUAAAGUCGUUUAAUAAUGGUUCAUCGGGAGGCCUUGAUGGCUUGAGGCCUCAGCACAUAAAGGAUUUACUUUCCGGUCCGACGCCCACCGAUGAAUUGUUAAAUAACCUCACCCGGAUUCACAACCGGUCGUCAUCAACAACAUCGUCAACAACAACAUCGUCAACAACAGUAUUGAAAAUAUUCUCAGUCACAUCAGGACCAUCGGCAACAGCCUCAUUGUUGCUGGAUGCAUCAUCAUCAAUUUCAACAAGUGCUUCAACAACAGCAACAUCAACAAAUUUUGAGACGAUCGCGAACAAAGUUGAAUUGCCAGCGUGCGGCAACUUCAGCAUCCUCAAACAUGCUACAACACUUUCUCCAACUAAUUGCAACAACGAAAACAACAACAGCAACAAACGAGUUAGAUUUGCUUUAGAUACAAACACUAACAUCUUGUCUGACAAGAGUUACAACAACAAAUGCAACAUAUCUAACAACAAAACCAGCAGAAACAACAACUGCAGCAGCAUUAACAACGUAACGAAAAUGUCCACGUUGGCAACCAACAAACAAAUUUCGUCAACUAAACUUGAAUCAGCAAUGAGAACAGCCAUCGCCACCAAUCAUGCAACCACACUUUCCGCGACAACAAACGAUCCAGCGGUCAAAUACAUAACCAAAGAAACUUCUUCAGCUACAAACUCAACAACAAAUUUGCCAAUGAUUGAAUCCAGGACAACAGCAAGGACGAGCCAGCCGACAAUCGAAACAACAUCGGUAGUCUGGCAACCACUUUCAGUGAACAUCCGGCAAGUGAACGAUCGAAAGUGUUUGACACCUGGUGAGGAAAUUAAUUUGUUUAACGUAAACUCUGCGAGCGACUAUUUAUGUAAUCAAGAACAUUUUAAUUAUUGCAACAAUGAAAACCAAAAUGAAUUGAGUAACAGUAAUUCUGAUUACAACAAGACCAACAACAAUGACGUUAAUGUUUGCUUUGAGGCGGAGGAUGUUUUAAACGAACAGCCCAACAACAACAACAUAAUUGUUAAUGAAAACGAUCAAACCUUAAAUGAUGAAGAUGAAGAGGAAGAAGAAAAAGGAGAGGAAGAAAGAGGAAAAGAAGACGACGAUGAAGCAACAGCGUUGAGGUUAGUUCGACUGAGUGAAGCGUACGAGGAACUGUGCCACAAGACGAUAUCCAUGAUGUUCAGUGAAUCACACAACAGCUCAGACUACGACACCGCUAGAUGCAGUAAGUACGAAUACUUUCGUACAAGUUCUAGUUAUCAGAGCUGCGAACAAGUCAGUGUUGAAAACGACGAUGAAGUUUUUCACGAGAACAAACAGCUAACGUCAAUACCACCACCACCACCACCAACAGCAGCAGCAGCAACAACAGCAGCAGCAACAGUAGCAGUGCCAGAUGAGACUUGCGCUGUGCAACAAACUCGAAAUGAAACGGUAGAAAAUCUGAAUGAAACAAAGGACGAAUUUUGCAAAUACCCUACAAAUUCCACACAGCAUGAAGAAAAUAAUGCGUAUAACGAGUCACCCAACAAUAACCACGCCCCUAGCAACUAUUUUCUUCCAAACUUUAACAACAGCACCGACAAAAAUGUCAACAGUAGCUUCCAAUCAACAAUUAUUAACAUUCCCGAUUUUUUCCCACCAAGAUUCCCACCAACAUCCACGAAAAAAAACAACUGCGUCCCACUAAAAACUCAGUGCGAAGGAUCAGUUGAAAGAUUGAAGAGAGCAUUGAUUUUUUUUACAAUUCUCAGUUGCAUUCGCAAUCUGGGAUGUUACCUCUUUGUAUGCAGUUUGAUGGCCAUGAUAUGUAUCCACCCGCAGCCCGUCUUCGAAUCGAGACCAGACUACACCUUUGACCUUGCUCUGCUCUUGUGCACCAGCUUCAUGUUCAUGUGGCAGGUACUACACGUCACCAGACAAUUAUUGAACUAUAGUGCUGGCCCCCUUCAUGACAUCCUGCUAGUUGGCACAAUAAAUUGGAAGGAAAUGAAAAAUUUUCUGAUGCAAAAGAGGUCUAUACCUCCAUAUGUGACAUUGGAAAUGGAGGUGAGUAGAAGAGCCAGAUGUUUGUACAGUCUAACUUCGUGUUUCAAUGGUCUCAGCCGAGGCUGUGUCAGUUGUAUCAAUUGUUGUUGUCUUCACAAUCAGCAAACAAAACACAAACAAAACCGACAACUGCAUGAAAACCAGGAGCAGCAAAACAAUCAGAGAAUCAAGUAUGCGCACGUCCUGAAAUUCGACGGCUGGUCCGACGACUCGCCAACUAUCAACAUCCUGGACACUGGGGGGGUCUCCAUAAAUAAUCUCCCUACAACAAGUCGGCCACCAAGCAAUCAAACCCAGCACAAACACAACGUCAUGCAUGACGAUCAGGCUAAAACAUCAAAAACUAUCAACAAUUUGUAUUCUACUUAUUUAAUUUUCGUAUGGAAAGAUUAUAAAUGUAUCGACAAACAAACGAACUCUUCAAUUGAACGAGAAGUAAUGGAGUGCGUUGAGAAACUUUCAGCAGAUCUCCACAUGAAGCCCGCAAACAUCAAAUCAGAAAUUGACAUAGAUGUGAUGGAAGGAAACUAUUUUCCAGACGCACAGGCCUUUCUUGUUGGCAUGAAAGAAUCCGGCGGCCUUUGUGGAGUUGGAACUAAUUCAAAGUUUCGACCCAGUAGCUUGCUUGCGGACAAGUUCUUCACGAAGAAAUGUUACUUCAUCAGUUCUUGUAUUUCGCUCGACGGAUUGUACUCCAUCAUUUUCUCAUUCCUAACGAGAAGAAAGUUGGAGUUAAAUCUAACAAAAUACAUAAAACGCUCUGUAGAAGCAUGAACUAGUAAUGUACAUAUCAAAGGGUUAUCUUAUAUUUUUACUCUGCACAAACGUAUUCGAACAAUCUUAAUUUUUAUAGUUUUGAUAAAUUACUUAAUUAAUUUAUUUAUUAAUGAUGACGAGCUUAUGAUAAGCUUUGAUAUUUAGUUUGCAUGUGCUAUAAAUCAAUUAUCUUCAAAUUCGAACUUCAAUGUAUAGAUCGGGAGUUAAGAACGUAACGUUUUUCCAAUCAAAUUCGCGCCAUGGAGAAAUCCUUAUAUCAUUUAUACUUGUAUUCAUUAAUUAUUUAUGAAUUACGAGUAAGCUUGUUGUGAGUGAAAUAAUGAGAACUCAUUUAGCUGAACUUUGGUGAACGAAUGGAAACUAAGUGAAAUGUGCCUCUACAACAUGCUUCAUUAUAUAUUCAAUGAUUAUAUUUUUUUUUUGUAAAAAAAUAACUGAAACAAAUUUUAAUUACAUAUUAUUAUGUUGAAAAAACAUUGUAUUAAUACACA